UACAUAUUUUUGUUAAUAGUGGUUAGUGAUAAGAAUAAUCAUACUCGUGCAUAAGUCCAGUUGCUGCCAUGCUUGAUAGUUAAUAUGAAGUCAAAUGUACAAAUCACUCGAAGCUGAAUCUGUUAACAAGCAUUCCAACAAUGAUCAAACUGGACUACGACAGUUUAAAUGAUCAUCAACCAGAACACAGUCAGGAAGUACCAGAAUGGGACACCGGCUGGGCGGAAGGACCAGAAAAGGUGAUCGUAGAGGUCCACGAAACGGCGACUGAUUCCUUUGCUCUACUAGAAACGAGCACUGUAUAUAAUUCUACAGAAGUUCUAGAUGAAUCUGGACCAAGUAUAGUAGUAAGACCAGAGGAAGCACUUAUAGUAAUUUUUGUACUUAUACUGUGGAUAGGCGCCAUCGGACUCUUCUUCCAUCGAUGGGGAAAAAUUCGUAUGUUAGAACCAUAUCAGCCGAAAUUUAUCCAGCAGCAUCGAGGUUCCUGUCCUCUGGUUGACCUCGAUCUAGACAUGCCACCUGUUCCGCAGCGAUCAUCACUCUCUAAAAUGUCCCUGGGCCUGCAGUCGACAAUGACAUCUGUUUGCUCCGGAGGAUACCCCGGUUAUAUCCGCCCCCGGCAAAACUCCGUCUUCGUUGGUCCACACGUUGUUUCGCCUCCACAACCACCUCGGAAAACACGUUCGGCCGUCGACAUCCAUUCAAUGAUACUCAGCGAAGGCGAAUUAGAGGCGGUUUAGCUUCUGCAUUCCCGGCUAGUGUGCCGACUUACAUCAACCGUAGGAAGCGAUGAGCAAACAAACGGCCGUAAACAGCGAGAGAUGCAUCCUACAAAACAACUCAAUAUUUUUGUAUUGCGAUAUACAUAUACUUAUAUACAUAGCUUUCUUUUUAUAUGAAACAUGUUGAAGAAAAUUGAUGAAAUGGACGCAGUAAUCAUAAACAAAGUUCCCCUCGUUGAAUAUUGCUAAACAGUAGAUCAUUCUUUCUCAUAUUUGAAGUGUUGUUUAUACUCGUGCCGUUUUAUGACCAAACUAAACGUUAUUUCUCAAAACUAGUAGGAUGUGUGGAAAUGAAUAGAAGACUAAACGGGUUAUAUAAAUAUAUAUAUAUAUAUGAACAGCAGACAAAAUACCAUUUAUGAUAUACAGUGAAAAUGGAAUUCUAAAUAUAGUCUAAAGUCAUAACCAAACAGAUAUUAAAUGAUAUUGCAAUAUUAUACAACACGCCAGUAUAUGUUAGCUUUCUUCGGACAGGUAACUGAACCUGAUUACUUAAGAUGAAAUGCAUCGCAAUUAUUCAUUGGCCAAAGAACGUACAUAUUAAUCUGACAAGCAGUUUAUUUUCUAUAGUUACCGUCGCCAAACAUUCUGUCAAUUUUUUACAACGCGAAUACAAUUUUUGGAUCAAACUAAUAUUUUUAUGAAAGAUGGUUUAAAUACAAUAUAAAAUAGAUGUAUGCUCAAACUAGAUACAUACUCCAUUAUAAAAAGUACAUAUUUUGUUUGUACGAUCUGUUAGAAUUGAUAUUUCUAGAUAAAAUAAGUAAAUACCCAAUAUUUAUUCCUAUUCAUCAAUAACUUAUCAAGAACCAACAUGUAAGUAGUGAUUGUUGA